GAGGCACGCCGUACAAGGAGCGAUCCUGGUUCUAUAGCUGUAUUAUGCGGAGUAUAUGAAGGCCAUCGGGUGGCGAUCCAUUCAACGAGCACUGCUCCACUCUCUCCCUCCCCGCUUCCUCCACCUUGUCCUCCUCAUCAUCGCUUACCGAUGCCGAAGUUAUCAUCAAUGCUGGCGACGUUCGCCGCCGCGUCCCAAGCGCAGUGGGAUCCCGUCGCCGACGACCCCCUCUCCGCCUACUGGACGGCGCUCAACUCUACUGUCGGCGGGCGCCUCUUUCAGGGCACGCCAUUUGCGAAACCAUGCUUCGGCGAUGAACUCGCCGCCCAGUGUGCGUCCGUCCGCGCUGGGUAUACCGACGAAUGGACGCGCGCCUCGACGCCCGGCGCUUGGAUCAACACCCAGUGGGAGACGUGCCAGGCGAGCGGGGCGCAGUGUCUUCUAGGCGAUCUCGACAACGUCGACAACGGCUCCGCAAAUGGCAGUAGCGCGUCGUGCGAGCAGGGCAGCGUGCCACUAUAUUUUAUCGACGUGCGAGAACCACAGGACGCGACGGCAGGCUUCCAAUUCUCGCGCGACACUGGUGUGCCCAUAGUCGUAAAAAACACCGGGCACGACUACAAAGGCCGCUCGAGCGCGCCCGGGUCGCUGGGCCUCUGGACGCACAACCUGAAGAACAUCUCGCUCGAAGCCGACUUCGUUCCCGAGGGGUGUGGCGAGGCGGAUAGCGUGGGGCAGGCGGUCACGGUUGGGGCGGGGGCGCAAUGGGCCGAUGGAUACGCCUUUGCGGAGGAGAAUAAUAUCACGCUCGUUGGCGGGUCCGACCGCUCCGUUGGGAUGGUCGGUGGCUGGCUCCAGGGCGGCGGCCAUGGCAUGCUCUCCGUAUCCAUGGGCCUCGGCGUAGAUCGCGUGCUGCAAUACAGGAUCGUCACGCCAGACGGCAGAUACCGCGUCGCGAAUCGCUGUCAGAACGAGGAUCUGUUUUGGGCGCUGCGCGGGGGCGGCGGGGGCACGUUCGGCGUCGUGAUGGAGGCGACGAUCCUCGCGAGUCCGCGUGUCGCGCUGCAGACGGUGACUGUCAUGAUCCCGGCGGGGGAUAAGGAGUUGUCGCGGCGGCUGUGGUCGGUGAUGGUGGCGAAUGGGGUGCGGUGGGCGGAGGAGGGCUGGGGUGCGAAUGCUGUCGCCAAUUUCGCAGUGUAUGUCAACCCGAGGCUCGACAACGAGACGGCUGCGAAGAGCAUGGAGCCGUUCUUGAACUUCCAGAAGCAGCUUGAGUCAGAAGGCCAUAACGCGACAGUUUUGCUCGUCGAGGCGCCCAGCUGGGGCCAAUUUUUCGAAGCCUUCUCGACAGCUCACGUCGCCGCCGUCGGGAACAGUCUCGCGCUGGCCUCCCGUCUGAUAAACAGGGACAACUUCGCGACUUCUGAGGAUCAGGGCGCGCUCGUUGAGGCCCUUCUAGCCGCGGAUGAGGCGACCCCUGGCCUGAUCAUCCUGGCGACGGCACCGACCGCGUUCCCGAGUACGGGAAACGAGACGUCCGUGACGCCUCUGUGGCGGGAGAGCGUGUACCAUGUGACGGUGGCCUCGCCGUGGGAGGCCGACGCCGACAUACAGGAGAAGCAGGCGCACUAUGCGCGGGCGAGUGCGUCGAUUGACAACCUGAGGGAAAUCACGAAGCAGGGCGCGUACAGCAAUGAGGCGGAUGUGAAUGAGCCUAAUUACCAGACAUCCUUCUGGGGCGAGAAUCAUGCGGAGCUCCUGAGUAUCAAGCACAAGUACGACCCCGAGGGCCUUCUGAACUGUUGGCAGUGUGUUGGCUGGAACCCCGAUGACGCCAGAUAUCGCUGCUAUCUGUGAAGCUUCUGGACCGUAGUAACAUACGAACUUACUUAUUUAGACGGUUGUGGGCGUUUUGGCUAGUCAAUAGACUCUCUUUUGGUCGAAUCCGACCGGUCCGCUA